GGUUAACACUGCCUGAACGUGCUGCCGUGACACUCGGCCCUCCAGUGUUGCGGAGAAGCAAGAGCAGCGCGCGGCACCUGUCCGCGGACAGCCGGCGCCGGCGCCCGGGCGGCGGUAGAAAAGGAGGGACCGCCGAGGUGCGCGUCAGUCCUGAUCAGCCUGGCGAGAGGACGCGGGAAGCAAUGUGGACUGUGUAGAGAUGAGCGAGACUUAUCUCCGAUGUUGGAUUUGUGCUUGGGAAAACUUGUGGGUACGACCUUGGCUGCCCCAAAGUGUAGCUCCAACCUUGUGAGGAUUCAAAGGUUGGGAGAGGGGACCAAGGGGACCAUGAAAAUGGACAUGGAGGACGCAGAUAUGACUCUGUGGACAGAGCCCGAGUUUGAAGAGAAGUGUACAUACAUUGUGAACGACCACCCCUGGGAUUCUGGCACCGACGGAGGGACUUCAGUUCAGGCAGAGGCAUCCUUGCCAAGGAAUCUGCUUUUCAAAUAUGCCACAAACAACAAAGAGGUUAUUGGAGUAGUGAGUAGAGAAUACAUACCGAAAGGAACACGUUUUGGACCACUAAUAGGUGAAAUCUACACCAACGAUACAGUUCCCAAGAACGCAAACAGGAAAUAUUUUUGGCGGAUCUAUUCCAGGGGGGAGCUUCACCACUUCAUCGACGGCUUUAAUGAGGAGAAAAGCAACUGGAUGCGCUAUGUGAAUCCUGCAUAUUCUGCCCGGGAGCAAAACCUAGCUGCAUGUCAGAACGGGAUGAACAUCUACUUCUACACCAUUAAGCCCAUCCCUGCCAACCAGGAACUUCUUGUGUGGUAUUGUCGGGACUUCUCAGAAAGGCUUCACUACCCUUAUCCCGGAGAGCUGACAAUGAUGAAUCUCACACAAACACAGAACAAUCCAAAGCAACAGAGCACCGAGAAAAGUGAACUUUGCCCAAAGAGUGUCCCAAAGAGAGAGUACAGCGUGAAAGAAAUCCUGAAAUCGGACUCCAAUCCUUCCAAAGGAAGGGACUUCUACCGUUCCAACAUUUCACCCCUCACUUCAGAAAAGGACAUGGAUGACUUCAGGAAAAAUGGGAGCCCUGAAAUGCCCUUCUAUCCUCGGGUUGUUUACCCGAUCCGGGCUCCUCUACCAGAAGACUUUUUGAAAACAUCCCUCGCCUAUGGGAUAGAGAGACCCACUUACAUUACUCAUUCCCCUAUUCCAUCGUCCACAACACCAAGUCCCUCAGCAAGAAGCAGCCCUGACCAAAGCCUAAAAAGCUCCAGUCCUCACAGCAGCCCAGGGAAUACUUUGUCCCCUCUGGCUCCUGGCUCUCAAGAACAUCGGGAUUCAUAUGCUUACUUGAAUGCACCCUACGGCACCGAAGGCUUGGGCUCUUACCCUGGAUACGCACCUCCCCCUCACCUCCCACCAGCUUUCAUCCCCUCUUACAAUGCCCACUACCCCAAGUUCCUUUUACCCCCCUAUGGCAUGAAUUGUAAUGGCCUGAGCGCUGUGAGUAACAUAAAUGGCAUCAACAACUUCGGUCUCUUUCCGAGAUUGUAUCCUGUCUACAGUAACCUCCUGAGUGGGGGCAGUUUGCCUCACCCCAUGCUCAACCCUGCUUCUCUCCCAAGCUCAUUGCCCUCGGAAGGAGCCCGGAAAUUGCUUCAGCCUGAACAUCCCAGAGAUGUGCUUGUUCCAGCACCCCACAGUGCCUUUUCUCUCACUGGGGCUGCUGCCAGCAUGAAGGACAAGGCUUGUAACCCGACAAGCGGGUCUCCAACAGCAGGCACAGCUGCCACGUCAGAGCACGUGGUACAACCCAAAGCUACCUCAGCAGCAAUGGCAGCCCCCAGCAGUGAUGAAGCCAUGAAUCUCAUUAAGAGCAAAAGAAACAUGACUGGCUACAAGACACUUCCCUAUCCACUGAAGAAGCAGAAUGGCAAGAUUAAGUAUGAAUGCAACGUUUGUGCCAAGACUUUUGGCCAGCUCUCAAAUCUGAAGGUCCACCUCCGAGUGCACAGUGGAGAACGGCCUUUCAAAUGUCAGACUUGCAACAAAGGCUUUACUCAGCUUGCCCAUCUACAGAAACACUACCUGGUACACACGGGAGAAAAGCCACAUGAAUGCCAGGUUUGCCACAAACGAUUUAGUAGCACCAGCAAUCUCAAGACCCACCUGCGCCUCCACUCAGGAGAGAAACCUUACCAGUGCAAGGUGUGCCCUGCCAAGUUCACCCAGUUUGUGCACCUGAAACUCCACAAGCGCCUACACACCCGGGAGCGGCCCCACAAGUGUGCCCAGUGCCACAAGAGCUACAUCCACCUCUCCAGCCUCAAGGUCCACCUGAAGGGAAACUGCCCUGUGGCCCCAGCUGCCGGGCUGCCCUUGGAGGACCUGACCCGCAUCAAUGAAGAGAUCGAGAAGUUUGACAUCAGUGACAACGCUGACCGGCUCGAGGACAUGGAGGACAACAUCGAUGUGACCUCUGUGGUAGAGAAGGAAAUUCUGGCCAUCGUCAGAAAAGAGAAGGAAGACACUGGCCUCAAAGUUUCUUUGCAAAGAAACAUGGAAAAUGGACUCCUCUCCUCAGGGUGUAACUUUUAUGAAUCAUCAGACCCGGCCCUCAUGAAGUUGCCUCACAGUCACCCACUACCUCUGGUACCUGUAAAGGUCAAACAAGAAACAGUUGAAACAAUGAAUCCUUAAGAUUUUCAGAAAAGGAAAAGUGUUUCGUUUUUUAACUUAUGACUUUGGCAAGUCAGGGUGCCUGUAGCAAGUUGCUUGUACAUAAUUCCAGUUCUACAAAGCUCUCCUGACAGCAGACGUGAGUGGAAACCUCACCUCUCUGGAAGUAAAGAAGGAACUCCAAAGUUACGGAAAUCUCAGGGCAUAAACGAGGCAAUGACAAUAUAUAUACGUAUUAUAUAUACCUAUUUACACCCCCAUCUAUAUAUUUGUACUUGUGUAUUUUGAGUAUUUGUGUGGAUAUGUUUGCAUAGCCUUCCCAUUACUAAGACUAUUGCCUAGCCAUAAUUAUUUUUUCAAUGAUAAUACACCAUAAUUUAUUAUGCAAUUUAUCGUUCAGAAAGCAAUAAUUAAAAACGUUUACAAUGACUGGAAAAAUUCCUUGUAAUUUGAGUAUAAAUGUUAUAUUUUUGUCUUGUGACCAUUCUUUGUAGAUAACUUCUGCGCAUUUGCUUAAGUACCUAAGAUUUAUCAAGCAAAUACAUUACUUCCCUCAGUCAAUGUCCUUCUAUAAUAUCUGAAAAUAAGGUCUUGGUAUUGCCAAAGUUAGACAGUGGAUGUGUUAAAUCAUAGGAUCAUAUCGUUUGAAUUGCACUGUAUAACUUGGGGGUAUGUGUGCAGAGUCACCCAUUAGUAACCUGAUAGAAGAAACAAGAAAAGGAAUCUAAUGUGUUUCUGUAGAUUAUUCUGAUUUUUUUUUUCUUUUCCUUUUCCCCCAAGCCACAGUUUUACCCAGAAAGGUGACGGGAAGGCUUUGCCAACCUGCCUCUUUCUCUAAAAAGCGGGGUCUCCCCACCAACCCCCAAAGUCAUGUGACCAUUCAGAGUGGCCAGCCACAUGACUUUUGCAUCCCAGCGUAUUAUCUAAAAAUGUGAAGAAGACAAAAUGCCUUGUGUUUAAAACCACUGCAAAACUUUCCCGAAGCACAGGUGGUUUUCUAUGUGUGAGGUUUGGGGGCCUGAGAAUGGGUGUUGUUUAUUUUGUUGGUUAUUUUAUGUCAAAAUUGCACAAACAUGGUGCUCUACCAGGAAGGAGUUUGAGGUAGAUCGGCUCAGGCCACACUUUAAAAACAAAACAGAAAAACGGGUAGUUUCAUUGUCUUAGGGUAAAAGCGGGUAAUGAACAUUCCUAUCCCAAACACAUCAAUUUUAUAUUUUUAUGUCAAACUGUCCUCAGUAUUUGUGUUUUUACAUUUUAUGGUUAAUUUAAUUGAAGAUGAAAGAGCAUUGCAAAAUUGUUCAACAACAGUUACCUCAUUGAGUAUGUCCAGUAGUGCAGGAAAUGGUGUCUUAUCUAAUGGUUUGCUACCCGGAGAAGAAACGCAGUGUACUCCAAAAAGAUAGAAUGUGUGUCAUUUUAUCUUUUGUUCUGCUAAACCCAAAGAUUACAUGUUGGCAUUCAAGGUGUAGCAAAGAAUGAUGUAUAUUUAUAAAUCUAUUUAUACCACUAUACCAU